AUGUCUACCCCGGACUCUACCGAAAGCUCCUCUGACAGCUCCAUCGACCAUGCCAGCGAUCAUGCCAGUGAUCAUGCCAGUGGUCAUGCCAGUGACGAUGGCAGUGACGGCUCCACCGAAGAUGCCAGUGAUGGCUCCAGUGCUUCACUUGAAGACACCGCUGCUGACAGCCCGUAUCCGCCACCACCGGUCCCGCUGCUGACGGGCCAUAUCUACCACCACCAGUCCCGCCCAUUUCCCAAGAUGGAUAAUAUCAUCGGCACCAACAUCUACAUCGCCGAGGUCACACAAGUUCCCGAAAAGAUGAGGCCCAACCAGUCGCUGGCGACGCUGGAGACCUGGUUCCGAGAACAAUCUGGCUUCCUGAAAAACACGCCUGACGCAGUCUUCGUCUACCUUGAUGACAGGCCAGAUUACAAGCCUAGCCGCGCGUACGUCAGCGUGAACAUGGGGGCGACGUGGCUGUCUACGGAGUACUACAUCAAGGCAGCCGACUGGAUCAAAAGUACGCCGCGAACCACCUCACAUGCCUGUUUAUCCAAGCCUUGA